CAGCGCAGCGCCGGAACCCCGCGCUGUCGGAGUGUUGUGGUGGAGCCAGCAUGGCGGCUCCUCUGGAGGUGAUAGUGAGCAGUGACUCCGGCUCUCAGAUGUGGAACAGCACCGUGUUCGACCUGCACAGCGGCUCAAGCCUGCUGUCCUACCGGGGAGGGAACAGCUCUGCCCGGACACUGAGCGUCCUCGGCGGGGAGUACCUGCUGUCCGCCCAGCUGGGGAAGAACUUCAUCAACGUGUGGGAGAUCCAGAGGAAGGACCAGCUGCAGCAGAAGGUGGUGUGUCCAGGUGUGGUCACUUGUCUGACCGCAUCACCUAACGGACUCUUCCUCGCUGCUGGAGUCGCUGAGGCUGUUUACCUGUGGGAGGUGUCCACAGGUAAGCUGCUGUCUGUCCUCAGUCGUCACUAUCAGGAUGUCACCUGUCUGAAGUUCACAGACGACAGCAGCCAUUUUGUUUCUGGAGGAAAAGACAACCUGGCUCUGGUGUGGAGUCUGUCCAGUGUGAUCCAGGUGGAUUUAAGCCACACCCCCGAGCCGCGUCACGUCCUGUCUCGUCACUCUCUGCCAAUCACAGACCUGCACUGUGGCCUAAUGGGAGCUCAAGCCCGAGUUGCAACGGCGUCCUUAGACCAGACUGUCAAGGUGUGGGAGCUGUCCUCAGGUGAGCUGCUCCUGUCCGUCCUGUUUGACGUGGAGAUCAUGUCUGUGACCUUUGACCCCUGCGAGUACUUCCUGUUCUGUGGAGGCAGCGAUGGAAACAUUUUCCAGGUGUCUCUGUGCAGCCAGAGUCUCAGUCAGGAUAAAGCGUUCCAGUCCGACAGCGAAGGGAACCAGGUCUUCAAAGGACACAGGAACUUGGUGACGUGUCUCUCGGUGUCGAUGGACGGGACGCUCCUCCUCUCCGGGUCACAUGAUGAAACUGUCCGACUGUGGGACAUUCAGAGCAAACAGAGCAUCCGGUGUCUCGCCCACAAAGGUCCAGUGACGAACGCCGUCAUCAUGGCAGCUCCGGCUAACAUGUUCCUGCCCGACAGUCGGCCCGCCGUCCCUCUGCCGCGCUUCAGCCGACACCUGCAUGCCUCCGAGGGCGGAGAGUCUGGAGAGGUGUGUGUCCGACUUGGACGCUACACACAGGAGGAGGAGGAGACUUACCUGCAGAAAGCUGAUAGGCUGAACUCUCUGAUGAAUGCUGUGACUGACAAGUCUGUCUUUGGUGACGGCGAGAACACGAAGGUUCGAGUUGCUGAGCUUGAAGAGGAAGUUCAGACCCUGAAGAAGGUCAACAAAGAUCUGUAUGACUUCUCCAGUCAGCUGCUCACCAAACCCACAUAAAAACACACACACACACACAGAUGUACACAUAUAUUUGAACACUCUGUGAUGGUUUACGUUGUCAGAAAAUAAAGGACUUUUGUUUUGGUAGUA